AAGGGAGGUGGUAAGACGCUCAAUUCUCUGGAGCGAAAGAAAAGGAUCUCUCUCUCUCUCUCUCCCCGCCGUCUGAACCUUGCGCGCAAACACAAAGAGGAAAAGAAAGAUUAUAAUUCGUACAAUUUCCAUUGCUGUACUAUCUGGAACAACACAACCUCAGAGCAGACGUGCUUCCGAAUAUUUUGCGGAUAUUCAGCGUAAAAUCUUUGACGUGACCAUCGCUGUCCCAUUCAUCAACCUGCUCGCGAUAGAAAACCCCUGCGGAAACGUAUCGAUCCCGUUCUCCGGUUGAUAAGGCGAGUCAUGGAACGGAACAGCUGCGUGCUGCGCGAUCUUCGGCAGCAGCCCGGUAAUGACAUUUGUGCGGACUGCGGGGCUGCAGAGCCGGAUUGGGUGUCUGUGCCUCUGGGCGUGUUUGUGUGUCAGGGAUGCUCUCUCAUCCACAGAAGUAUCCCCAACCAGGUGAAGUCUGUACUGCAGGACACAUUCGAUGAUAAAGAAACAGAGUUUAUUACCUCUAUGGGGAAUGAGGCAGCGAAGGCAAAGUACGAACAGCAAGUUCCACCAUUUUAUUACCGCCCCUCCCACACAGACUGCAGAAUUUUGAGAGAACAAUGGAUCAGGGCCAAAUACGAGAGACAGGAGUUUGUACACAUCGAGAAACAAGAGCCUUAUUCAGCAGGGUACAGAGAGGGGUUUCUAUGGAAACGCGGUCGAGACAACGGGCAGUUUCUCAGUCGCAAGUUCAUUCUGUCUGAGAGAGAGGGAGCGCUCAAGUACUUCAACAAGCAAGAUGCAAAAGAACCAAAGGCCAUAAUGAGGAUUGAAACUCUAAAUGCUACUUUCCAGCCAGCUAAAAUAGGCAACCCCUGUGGACUGCAGAUCACAUAUCUCAGGGACAACAGCACCAGAAAUAUCUUUGUGUACCAUGAAGACAGUAAGGAAAUGGUGGACUGGUUCACUGCAAUCCGGGCAGCACGGUUUCAUUACCAGAAGGUGGCAUUUCCUGGAGCUAAUGAUGAGGACCUGGUACCAAGACUUACACGGAAUUUUAUGAAAGAGGGUUUCAUGGAGAAAACUGGCCCAAGGCAUACAGAGGGCUUUAAGAAAAGGUGGUUUACCAUGGAUGAUAGGAGGUUAAUGUAUUUUAAAGAUCCCUUGGAUGCAUAUGCACGUGGAGAGGUGUUCAUUGGCAGCAAGGAGAACAGCUAUAAAGUCGUACCCGGGCUACCACCCUCCAUCCAGGGCUACCAUUGGAAGUAUGGCAUCACCAUAGAAACACCAGAUAGGAAGUUUCUGUUUGCAUGUGAAACAGAAGCAGAGCAAAAAGACUGGAUUGCAGCCCUUCAAAGAGUCGUCAAUCGACCCAUGAUGCCGCAGGAAUACGCAGUUGAGGCUCAUUUUAAACACAAACCUUGAUGCUGGCUGUAGACCUGCCUACAUGCUACAGGCGAGACUGGACAACGAACAGUUCUGUCCAGUGAAUACAUGUACAGUAUACUGUAGGGGAUGUUUGGGGUGAGCUCUGGACCAAGCAACGUCUCAACACGUACAAAGGAAUGGCUUCCUUGCAACUUUGAUUUAGUACUAAUUCACUGGACACUAUGUUAAGGGUGUCAACAGAGCAAUGACACUGAGGUUUAGUAAUCUUGAAUGUCCCUUCGUAUGUGUGAAUACCAAAGCAGACAUACUAGGUGCCGUCAGCCAAGCUACUGUAUAAAUAUGGCAUGUGAAUGUUGUUUAUCCCUCUUUAACAUUUAAUCUGUACAUCAAAGGGUUGGCAUACAGCUCAUGUGAACUAUUUCGCAAAACUUCUGUUAUUUAUUGGAAAUACUGUAUUGUACUGUACAUCCAAGCAAAUGCUGCUGUGGACUUCUAAGACGCUACGCAAUGACUCAUUUUGAAUAACCCUAAUGUUAUAUCUGUUCAGAUGCAGUUAAAGGGGUUUGUGGCUGGUUCGGUGCUCAGUAAAGUACUUAUCAUUCGAAUGUGUUAGUAGUCAUUUGAAUCAUGUUGAUAACUGAUACUGUAUGUGCAGCUAUGAUCCUUCAAUACAACCUUAAAGGUGGGGUGCGUGAUUUUUGAAAAACACUAUGGAAAAGGGAGUCGGGCUGACUGACUACCAAAACACACUUGGCGUGUCUACUAACUAAACUGACAUUGUUGCCUGCGUAUGUGUGGAGCGAGUCUAUCAAAAGAAGGUCCAGAUUCUAUUGGGGUAGGGGCGUGUUUGUUUAGGGGAUUUUUAAAUAUCAAUAUUGGCUUUCAAAGAUCAUGCACCCUGUGUGAGGGUGCAUGAUCUUUGAAAAAGAUCAUGCACAAAAACAAGGCAUGAACCUCCACACAAGGCCAGGGACUGCCAGAACUCUGCCACCAUGACAAAAUACAAAUAUAACAAGACUUCAAGGCAGAGUCCUGACACCCUGCCCUUAUGGGAUAAUUUACCGAAAAAUGUACAUUCUGUCAUCAUUUACUCACCCUCAAGUAACAAACCUGUGUACAUUACUGUGUUUUGCUUAACACAAAUAAAGAUACUUUGGAUAUAGAUCUGCAGCAGCAUUCACUUCAAUCGUAUUAUUUUUUCCUACUAUGGAAGUCAGUACUGCUGCAGAUAUGCUUGGUUACAAACAUUCUUCAAAAUAUCUUUAAUUGAAAAGUGUUAAUAACAAAACAUAUCUGGGGCACCAUUCACUUCAAUAGUAUUAUUUUCUUCUACUAUAGAAGUGCCCCAGAUCUGCUUGCAUACAAAAAAAAUUCAAGUUAUCUUUCUUUGUAUUCAACGUAACAAAGAAAUGUAUGCAAAUGUAAAAACUUGAGGGUGAGUAAAUGAUGACAGAAUUUUUAUUAAUCGGUGAACUAUCCCUUUAAGGAUGACUUGAAAUUUCAUAGCAACAUACUGUAAUAGUUUCUACUUUUCGUGUCUGUAAUGGGCGACCAACAGCCUUUAUUUUAUCAGUUAUACAUCCACACACUGUAUAUAUGGCAAUGAAGGUACUGUAGUUCUGUUGUUGAUUUAUUCUUCUCCACUAGGUGGCGGUACAUCACAUUUUAGGAUGCAUGUAUCCAUUCCUAUCUUUCUAUGCAGAAUGGUGUUGUUAUUAGUGAUAGAUUGAUUUAUUGGCCAAUAUUUGGCCAUUUUGAGAUAAUUGCCAUUGGUCAAUAACCACACCCAUCUGGCUUAUUAAGAAAAGUGUCAGUUCCUCUUGUGUCCGGUAAAAACUCCACAAUCUACAAAAUAGAUAACAUUCCUUAUUUGAUUGAAGGUUGAGUAAAUAUUACGGCAUUAUUUAAUGUAUCAUCAGUUAAAUCAGCCAUUAUAGGCUCUAUUAUCUGUACAUAGAUCAGCCAUUGAAAACUCAUACAUCUUCAAUUUCUACCUGUUUAAAGAAUGCAUAAGAAGAUUCUUCUGACUUUAUAAUCAACAUUAACAUCUGAAUGACAAACUCCAUUACCAUUAACGUGAUACUGACUUUACCUCCAUGUGUUGUCUCUUCAGGUCUCCAUGUUUAGUGAUGUUCUGUUAAAAGCGUUUGGACAGUAACGGUUCCUUUACUGUUCAUGAGUUUUGUUUUGUUUAGGAUAAGGGUCUGUAAAUUUUUACUAGUUUUUUUUUGUUUCUUUUUUAUGUGCACUAUAUCAUAGCAUGCAUACAGUAAAUGUGAAAUGGUACAAAGGACUAUGGUAUUUCAUCAUGAACCCAGAAUGUUUUUUUUUACUUUUACCUUUUUAUUGACCGGUUUCUCAUUUAGUGCACUAAAGUCGCCUGGCAGCAGCAGUGCAAAUGUUAAAAAUGCAUAUAUAAUAAAACUAAUUUAAUUUAA